GAGAGUUGACUCAACCACAUAAAACGUAACAAGUGUUCAAAAAAAAAAAAUAAAUAAAUAAAUAAAUAAAUAAAUAAAAUUUAAUUCAUCCACAAUACAUAUAAAAUGAAUUUAGUUCGUAUAUUAUUAAUCGUCAGCGCCUUCCUGACAACGGCAUCGGCCCUUAGUUUUAUUGUAACUUCGAAAAUCUAUAUGGAUGUGAAGCAUCAAAAGAAACCUUUGGGUCGCAUAAUUUUCGGUUUAUUCGGCAAGAGGGCACCGAAGGCCACAACAAAUUUCCGUCACAUUUGCACAAGAGGAAUUAAUGGCACCACCUAUGUUGGAUCGGAAUUUCAUCGGGUCAUCAAUCGUUUCAUCAUUCAAGGUGGUGAUAUUGUAAAUCAUGAUGGAACAGGUUCGACAAGUAUUUACGGUGAUUAUUUCGAAGAUGAGGCACUGGAUAUUGAGCAUUUAAGACCCGGUUACUUGGGUAUGGCAAAUCGUGGUCCCGACACAAAUGGCUGUCAAUUCUAUAUAACAACGGUGGCGGCCCGUUGGUUGGAUGGUAAACAUACGGUGUUUGGCAAAGUUUUGGAGGGCAUGGAUGUGGUACACGCCAUCGAUGAUGUGAAAACGGAUAGAGAUGAUCAUCCCAUACAUCCGGUUAUUAUAACGAAUUGUGGUGAAAUACCAACUGAACCCUAUGAAUUUUAUCCUGAUGAUUUUAGUGUUUGGGGUUGGAUAAAAUCGGCUGGAAUACCAGUGGCUAGUUCGUUUGUCAUUCUCAUCGUAUUUCAUUAUUUCUUCCGGCAAUUAAAUAUGUAUUGUUAAAUUUAUGAAUGAAAAAAUAAACAAUUAUAUUUAUUAAUCAGAAGAUUAUAUAAAAAAUAUAUUUCAUAUUCAUAA